AUCUAGAUGUAUUUUAGUUGUAGAUACAUCCAUUUUUGUGACAAGUAAUUCCGAACGGAGGGAGUAGAUUUUUAGUAACUAGUUACACCAGCUAGCCUUCUGCUGUUUGUCACUUGAAUGCAGAAAAAAAUCAAGCAUUGGAGACAUCCAUUUUUUGUCAUCGAUGAAAACUUCUUUAUGUACUUCACAUAAAUUCUUCUAGUAAAGACACUUCUCGAUUUAUGUUUUGUAAUGUAAGGUGAAUGAUUGCGGUAAAUCAUAUUAUACAAUUUGAACCUAAGUAUCAAAUGUAUAGUUUAAAUAUGCUUGCCCGUCUUGUGGUCCUUUCACAAGAUCAUAUUGGCUAAAUAAGAGUAAGAAAUUUUGUUAUAUGGGUCAUCGCCGAUGGCUACCACAGAAUCAUGUAUUUCGGAGACGAAAGAAGGAGUUUGAUAACACCGAAGAGAUGGAACUUGCACCUAUAACAAUGAGUGGUAGCUCAGCUUUGAGGAUGUUGCAGGGCAGAGUGUUUGUCUUAGGAAAAAAGGUUGUUGUGGCAAAGAAAGGGAAAGGGAAAAAGAAGGGCAAAGACAGUGAAAAAGGAACUGAAGGUCCUGAAAAACAGAAGCGUAAAAGAGCGCCUAACAAGAAAUCAGGUAACGUCGCACGUAAACCUGAAAAGAAGCCUGAGGAUUGUUUCAAAAAGAAGUCGAUAUUCUUUGAUUUGGAAUACUGGGAGCACAACAAGUUAAGGCACAAUCUAGAUGUCAUGCAUAUUGAGAAAAAUGUCUUUGAAAAUUUAAUUGGAACCUUACUGGAUAUUGAUUCUAAAACAAAGGAUGGCCUUAAUGCACGACUUGACUUGGGAGAAAUUGGAAUUCGAUCUAGCCUUCAACCUCAUGAAGGUGAUAAGGGUAAAACUGAAUUGCCGCAUGCACCUUUUAAUAUGUAUAAAGAAAAGAAGGAGAUUCUUUGUACAGUGAUUAAGAAUUGUAGGACACCUGAUGGUUGUGCAUCAAACUUUUCAAGGUGUGUGAACAUGAAAGAAUUGACAUUGACUGGCCUCAAAAGCCACGACUGCCAUGUUAUUCUACAAGACAUCCUUCCUGUGGCACUUUUACACUGUUAUCCCAGUAAAGAUGUCAUGAUAUUAGUUGUUGAGCUGGCUAAUUUCUUCAAGAAACUAUGCUCCAAAGUGUUAGAUUUCUCUGAGCUUGACAAACUGCAAGAGAGUAUUGUGAAGACACUUUGUAAUAUGGAAAAGGUUUUUCUUCCAUCGUUUUUUACUGUCAUGGUACAUUUAAUGGUGCAUUUAGUUGAAGAAGCUAAACUUGGUGGCCCGGUGCAUUACAGGUGGAUGUACCCUCUAGAGAGAUCAUUUGUUUGGCUAAAGUCACUUGUGCGCAAUAGAGCUUAUCCUGAAGGUUCUAUUGCUGAAGGAUAUACUGUUGAAGAAUGCUUGACCUUUUGUUCAAGAUUUCUAGAAGGAACCACACGUUUCACAAGAACAUCUAGGAACCCUGAUCCUUCAGAUAAUACAAAGGGCAUGUACAUGUUUGAUAGUGUUGGUGAGCCAAUUGGAAAGGCUGUCACUAUAGGCCAAUUGGACGAUCAGCUUCUAGUUCAAGCACAUCGAUGUGUCUUGCGACACUCUGAUGAGCUUGAUGAUCUCCGUAGAGAAUUUGUGGACCAAGAGAAGAGGAAACCGGGUAACUUAAAUUUGACGGACGAUGACAAUGAGGAUUUGAUUAGUAGACACUUUGCUGACUGGUUGGAACAAAAGGUUAUACUAGAUGAUGGAUCGGAUAUCACAGAACAGAUAAGAGCAUUAGCCGCAAAACCAAGCAAAUGCGGGGUGCGCUAUAGUGGCUAUAUAAUUAAUGGUUUCAGGUUUCAUACUAUCAGUCGCGAGACAGGACGCGUGACACAAAAUAGUGGUGUCGUGAACCUUGCUGAAAAUGGUGUGUCCUAUUAUGGUCGGUUAUCUGACAUCUUUGAAUUGUCAUACAAAGAUUACAAGGUGGUCUUCUUUAAAUGUGAUUGGUAUGAUGUUCAUCACAAAGCUGGUAUUAUAAGAGAUGAGUUUGGAUUCACUCAUGUGAACUUCUCCCGAAAAAUACAUACAGGGGAGAAGUUAGAGGAUGAUCCUUUUGUAUUUUCUUCCCAAGUGGACCAGGUCUUCUAUAUUCAAAAUCCGAGAAGUGAGAAUUGGAAUACCAUGGUGAAAUUCAAACCUCGUGAUAUUUUUGACAUGGGUGGAGAACCAUCUUCAGAUGAAACAGAGUAGUCUUUGUGCUUUUAGCUUGUUACUGCAGCUAAGAUAUAGGUUGAGCACUUGUCAUCCAUGCUCCUAGGUAGAAUUACUCCAACAUAAUUAUUCCAGCUGGGUGGAUCUUCUUCAGAAUGUAUUGUUCCCUAUGUGACUCUGUGAUGAACGAGCCUAUGGUCUUUUUUUU